UUUUUAAAACCACAAAAUGUCUGAAGUUAAGCCAAGGAAAAAAGGUAUUUCUUCAUCCAAGACCGGUGAAGGUACACAGAAGGCUGAGAAGCACAGUAAUUAUGUGAAGCUGGCAAGUCCCAGGACCAGCAAUAAUCACAAUUCGUUUUGCAUGGACUCAAGGACAAGUUUGAGUAUCGUUUCCCUUGCUGUUUGCCUGGUGCUGAGCUGGUUUCUAUUUCAGCAGUCAGGUCAAUUUUCUGAUCUGGAAAGGAAAUACCAUUUUUUACGUCAAGAAGCUGAAAAAAUCCUGGAUGUGGGAAAUAAAGUAAACUUAGUUUCUGAAAAGUGUGAAAAGACGUGGAACUUAAUGAAACAGCUGGAAGAUCUUCAAAUAAUAUCUCACAUUAAAUAUCUGCAGGAAGAUAUUUAUACAAUGAAAACGUGGUCUAGCAGCAUUAUUCAAAAACAACAAGAACUGGAGAAGAAUUUAACAAGCCUUUUUCAUGCAGUUUCAAGUGCUGAACAGAAUGCAGCUUCCGUAGCAAAAAAUGUAACACUGACAAUUGUGACAGUAAAAACUGACAUAAGGCGCAUUUCAGGCCUGGUCUCAGAAAUGACUGCACUGACAGAUUCUCUGCAAACACUUGAAGGUAAAGUAGAAGAAGGUGAAAAGGCAACAGUAAAAAAUAUAGGUGACCUACUUACCAGUAGCAUUGACCGAAGUACAAAAAUACAAAGCCUGGCAUCCAGUAACGCAAGAAAAAUUGAGCAAAUUAAGACAGCACUGUCUGAGUUAAGGAACAAUUUUAGCAAGCAUUCUGACAGACUUUUGAAUCUCGAAGGUGACAGAGCAAAAGUUCUGAAGACAGUUACAUUUGCAAAUGAUUUAAAACCUAAGAUAUACAAAGUUAAAAAGGAGUUUGCCAUCGUGGAGCCCUUAAUAAAUGACCUAACACUGAGAAUAGGAAGAUUAGUGGAGGAGGUGUUACGACGGGAGAAGGAAAUUGCUUUACUGAAUGAGAAAUUGGCCAAUCUAACAAGAGUUCAAACCGAGAUCAAGGAUGUGAAAGAUGAAAUAACCAAGAUUUCAGACAUUAACUGAAGGGCCACUGCCUAAAGAAUAGUGUUUGGGGAGUGUUAACUCCUAUCAUGUGUAGUACUGAGAAGAUAGACAAUAUUUAAAGGCUUCAUUGAGAAGCUCACCUAAACCUGAAAUUUGUUCUAUUCCUUUGAACAGGACAGGAAAAAGUCAUACUUAUUUCAAGGGAGAAAUAAUAAUGUGAAAGAAACCAUAUCUCUCUGCAUGUAUUUGUCUUUCUGAACAAUGACAGAUGCUAUAUUUAAUAAAUUGCUUGUUUUGUACAAUAAA